GAGUUCUAUGUAAUCUGUAUUAAGUGCUGGGUGGCUGCCUCCAGAGCCCACCUUUAUCCUUAGUUUACUGGAAGAGACGUUGCCCUUCAACCAGUACUUUAGUUCCAUCAUACAAGGAAAUGGGGAAAGCCCUGACGCUGGUGUUGAAGGGAAACCCCACCUAUGCUCUGUGCCAGGUAAAAAAUGAGACUAAUUUCCUCAUUACUGUAUAUUGGACAUGGCAGAAGCAUCUACAGCACGCAAGUCAAAGUUCGGCAACAAAGCAGACCGAAAACGACAACAUGUCAAGCCCGUACAGAUUGAUAAACUUGCCUUUGAAUACAUUGAAGCAAACAAAGCUGAACUUGUUGUUUUGCUGUCCGAGGACCCUGCAAGAAUUCUGGAAAAAGCCUGUUCUAAAAACCUGGUUACUCCAGCAGAGUGCCACUGGCUCAGGACAAGCAAAUAUCCCCGUAAUAAACAAAUGUGCCAAAUGGUAGAGCUGAUUAGUCAUAAGAAAAAAUCAUUACAGUUCCUACAGAUACUUGCAGAAGUUUAUGGAAAGGAGUAUCAAACAAAGUAUAAAUGGAUCACUUCACUCUUCUUAGACAUACCAGGGUUUAAAUCAACAAGAGAUGGUUAUCCCAGAGAAGAAAGCAACUGCUUUGUCAAACUCUGCCCUCCCGAAACUAUCAGCAACAUCUUUGAAAGUCACGCUGGAGAGAUUUACCCCAUCAGAAAUAAAACCAACAGAACCCGUCUAGCACUUAUAAUUAACAACAUUAACUUUACAUAUCAAAAAAAGCGCUUGGGAAGUGACGUGGAUAAUGAGGCGAUGAAGACACUACUAGAAGCUCUGGAUUACCAAGUGGAGGGGCAUGCUGAUCUGUCUGCUGAGGAAAUGGAAACCAAACUAACAGAGUUUUCUAGGCGUGUAGAACACAAGACCUCAGACAGCACCUUUAUUGUCCUUAUGUCCCAUGGCACUGAAGAGGGGAUAUGUGGAGUAAAUUACGACCAAGAACACGACCCACAGGACAUACUCCCCAUCAAUACAAUUAGCAGGAUCUUCAACAAUAAGUGCAGUUUGAAUCUGGUUGGAAAGCCCAAAAUCUUCAUCAUACAGGCUUGUCGAGGAGUAAAUGACGGCUAUGUAAUGAUCCCCAAUUUGCAAGGAGACUGUCACCAGCAACCUGAAUAUGAUACAGAUGGACCUUUGAACAAAUUUCACAGGGAAAGUGACCUGAUCUUUUUCUGCUCCACCACCCCAGAAAAUAAGUCUUACAGGAACCCUAAGACUGGAGCUUUAUUUAUUCAAACGUUGGUUGAUAUAUUUCGGAAAGAGUCAUGGAAUUGCCACAUUGAGAAUCUGUUUAAAAAGGUGCAGCGCUCGUUUGUUAAUUUCCCCUCCCAGCUGCCAUGCAGAGAACGGGCAACACUCCUUAAAGACUUUUAUCUCUUCCCUGGACACUGAGACACUUAAUGGAGUUCACGGCUCACAUUUCUCCUGCGCAUAUGAUGAGCACAAAGACAAUGCAGCACCGCAUGUUUUAGGAGAUGUAUUUACGUUAAUUUACAAUGUGCAAACUGUCCCAGAUUUUUUAUCUGUUUAUGAUAAUAUUAUUGGCUUAUUUAGCAGACGCAUUUGUCCAAGGCGAUUUACAAAGUGUGUGAACUAUGCAUCAGCUGCAGCCACUUACAACAAGGAGAUUAAAUGACUUGCACAGGCAGGGGCUUAACCGGGAUUUGAACCAGUGACCCGCUAGCUAGAAGCCCAUUUCGCUCACCACUGGACCACACAGCCUACAAUGUUCAUUUCCUAUAGUAGAAAAUAAAAUAAUAAUAAUCUUGAUGUUUCUGAUGAUUGUCGCGCUGCUUUUCAAAAUUGAUGAUGAUGAUUAUUAUUAUUAUUAUUAUUAUUAUUAUUAUUAUUAUUAUUAUUAUUAUU